AUGACCAUUGAUCGCAAGUCAGUUGCAACACCGGGUGACCAUCGGUGGACCUGUUUAACGAAUGGACCGCGUUUCAGCGCGUCUGUGGAUCGAUUUGCUUUAGCGUACACAGUCUUUGAACCGUUGCUUCUAGGAGUAAAAAUAUUGACUGUGCUGAGCUGGCUGUUUCCAGGCAAGACGGUCAUCGGUUGCCAAGGAUUCGCCAUGAAAGAAAUGGCGUUUGACAGCAUCGACGAGUUGUGCUAUCCUUACGUGUGCAGUUGUCUGCUGGUAGACGACAUCGACAGCGACGGUGUGCUGGAAACAAUCGCCGGUAGCCGGUGUGGUCAUCUAAGCAUUUUCCGUUGUCGUCAGAGCAAGGCAUGGACUUCGCAGGCGGAUCUUGGCUACGUGAGUGCGCUGGCCGCCGGGAAUCUCUUCAACGAUGACCGUCGUUUGCUGGUAUGCAUUAGCGCUGACGGUGCGUGCAACGUGUUCAGGGUUGGAAGUCAGCUGAAUGAUACACUUGAGUUGCUGCUGUGCCAGCCGCUGCAGGCCAACAUCCAAGUGGCCUGCAUCGCGGACUUUGACGGCGACUCACAGAACGAGCUGAUGGUCGGCCUGACCGACCGCGUCGUCCGCACCUACCGCUUUUCGUUCGACGACAAGACGAACGUCGGUAAGUUACUGGCGAUCUGUAAAUGGGAGGUGUCAGAACACAUCACCUGCUAUUCGUGCUGCUUCUCGACCGACCUUGAUGAUCACGGGCCCGGCGCCAUCGUCUGUCUGUCACAGCCUGAAGACAAGUACAUCGUACUGAAGCCGAGGCUCGAGUCGUACCUGACUUCUGAUGAUCACUCGUCCGGUCCGAACAGCGUCAAGUACAGUGGCGAGAAGUCGGCCGCCAAACGAGGAGGAGGAGGCUCGGCGGAUGCCGUCAACUCGUUUUCGCACCUGACCGUCUGCUCACGGGCGUUCAACAUCACGCUGUACCAGGUCGAGCCGCAGUUCGUGUCGUUCAUGGGCAAGAACGUCGAGGUUCACCUGCCUGCGCCGGCCUGUUUCCUCUGUUGCCUGCACCUAGUGUUUAAGGGCACCGUAGAACCUAUCCUUGUGUCCUGUAGCCGAUCAGGCGUCGCGUUUUUUACCCACGUAAAGAACUGUGCCUGCUAUACAUUACUGAAGGCCGACACAUUUAACGUGAUCAUGUGCUGCCACUGCAACGUCGGCAGGGUGACGGUCGAUGACAACGAAGACUCAGCUAGUUGUGUCCUGGCGAUUUCAAGCGUUCGACAGAAAUUGUUCUGCUAUACUGUCCGCUGUAAAAAGAUAGAGCAGUUUUUACUGCUUUAA